AUGGCCUUAUUAAGAGUUGACACUGAAAGAAGACUAGCUGAAUUUUUCUCAUCAGCAAGUAAAGGUGAGCAGGAAGUUGAAAUUGCUCGUAUAGCUCUUUCUGAAAACCGCGAUUUUGAUCCAUACUCAGCUUUUAAAGUUCUCGACCGCUUUUCCAAUGGCUAUUUAAAUUACUUGGAUAUCAAAGCAUUUCUUGAGAACAAUCGCAUUUUUGCUUCAUCCCAAGAAAUUGAUUUACUUAUAAAUCAAUAUGACUCAGACUCAGACGGUCGAUUAAUCCUCAAUGAUUUUCAUCAACUUACCCUCCCUUCAACCAACUUAGUUCUGCGUGACAUUGCCUUAAAUCGAUCAGGCAUUUUACGGUUAUCUGCAGAUGUCGAAUUUUUACUUGUAAGGCUACUUGAAAAAGAGCUUAAUUUACAAAGAAGACUAGAAGCAAUCCGCAAGGACCUAGAGAUUUUCCCAGAUUUCUCUACUAUCAAAGCUUUCGAUACCAUUGACUAUCCUUCAUCAUCAAUAAUUACAAGGGACAAAAUUGCUGAUUUUUUGAGGAAAAACCUGAUAAGUGCCUUUAAUGACGACUUGGAUGCUAUUUUAAGAAGAUUUGAUGUAGAUAGUGACGAAAGAUUAAGCUACAGCGAAUUUUCUGACGCCAUUAAAUCAACCACCCCAUCCAGCUAUGUAAAAUCACCUAUUAGAGAUUCACCUUCAAGAUCUGGAAGGCAUUCAUCACCUUUGAGAAGGUCUCCAAGUCCUACUCGAAGCCCGAACAGAUCUAUUGAUGCUUCUUCAAGAUUUGAUGCUUCAAUUACCAGAAGUCCAGGGAGAUCCCAAUUAUUAGCAAGCUCCAGUGGCUUUGACAGAUCAUCUAGAUCUCCUUCAGGGCAGCCUGAAGAAUCAGAGCUUGUGAGCGUGUUCAGACAACAAAUUGACUUAGACAGAGACUUAGAAGCUGCAAGAAGAGAUUUGGCCUUAUGUCCAGACUUUACAGUUAUAGACGCUUUUAAUCUGUUUGAUUUAAAUAACCUUGGCUACGUCACUCAGCUCGAAUUUGAAGACACCUUAAGAUCUCUAAGAGUUUAUCCUAUAAAAGACGAGGUUUCUCUGCUGUUCAAGCAUUAUUCAUAUAUAGAAAGAAGACUCACCUUCACUGAUUUUUCAAAAAUUGUGACCACAAAAGACCUGGAAUAUGCAAGACUUAUCAAUAACAGAGUUCCUCAAAAUUUGCCAAGGUAUGAUAGACAGCGCACUUUCAGCUUGACCACUGAAAAUUUGCUAUCAAGAGUGAUGAAAUUGCACUUGGAAAAUGAAUCAGUUGCUGAAAGCUUAAGACAGAAAUUAGAAAGAAGGCCUUAUUUUAGCAAAACUGACGCUUUUCAGUGCGUAGAUAGGGAUAGAAAUGGAUAUCUCACGUUCAACGAGUUCGAAAAUUUGUUGCAAGAUUAUGGGAUUUAUGCGUCAAGAAAAGAUGUAGAAAAUCUGAUGGAGAGAUACGAUAAAGAUCAAGACGGAAGAGUUUCUUAUUCAGAAUUUUUAAAUGAGGUUACUCCCAAGUCUCCUAGGAAAUAUUAA